UCUCUAAUCAAACAAAGUGAACCGCAAAGCCCUAAUGUAAAACCCUCAGCGUUGUGGUUCUUCAAACACAAAUCGUGGGGAAAUGACUACUUUCAAGAGAGCUUCAAGAGCUCUCACAUCCAAAUUAGCUGCAAUUUAUACUUGCAAUUUUCAUCCGGUAACCUCCUUAUCGCAUUUUUCUUAUACUCAAAAUGCUUCAUUUUGCUCUCGUCCUCGCCAAAACAAUAAAGAAGGAUCAACUAUAGAUUUGAAUCAGUACCUUUCUGAUAACAUUCGUAACUUUUCAAUUAUUGCCCAUGUUGAUCAUGGAAAAUCAACCUUAGCUGACAGACUUCUGGAACUUACUGGAACCAUUAGAAAAGGACAUGGUCAGCCUCAGUACUUAGAUAAAUUGCAGGUAGAGAGGGAACGGGGAAUAACUGUUAAAGCCCAAACAGCAACUAUGUUCCAUCGUCACAAGUUCCUUGGCAGUGACACAGAUUUUUUGUUGAACCUUAUUGACACACCUGGGCAUGUGGAUUUUAGCUAUGAAGUAUCCAGAUCUUUGGCAGCUUGUCAAGGUGCCCUUUUGGUUGUUGAUGCAGCCCAAGGUGUGCAGGCACAGACUGUUGCUAAUUUUUACCUCGCGUUUGAAUCAAACCUGGCCAUAAUUCCUGUCAUAAAUAAAAUUGAUCAACCCACUGCUGAUCCAGAUCGGGUAAAAGCACAGCUCAAAUCCAUGUUUGACCUUAAUCCAAGUGAUGUACUAUUGACAUCAGCAAAAACUGGUCUAGGUCUAGAGCAGGUUCUUCCUGCUGCAAUAGAGAGAAUUCCUCCACCCCCUGGUAAAAGCACUUCACCUUUGCGAAUGCUUUUGCUGGAUUCAUAUUAUGAUGAGUACAAAGGAGUUAUCUGCCAUGUGGCUAUUGUUGAUGGUGCUCUGCACAAGGGUGACAAGAUUUGCUCUGCUGCGACUGGCCAAAGUUAUGAAGUUUCCGAUGUUGGUAUCAUGCACCCAGAACUUGUGGCGACAGGAAUCCUUUUAACAGGUCAAGUUGGAUAUAUAGUCAGCGGAAUGCGUUCAACAAAAGAGGCCCGUGUUGGAGAUACUCUACAUCAUACACGAACAGUUAUACAGCCCCUUCCAGGUUUCAAGCCAGCAAAACAUAUGGUCUUUUCGGGCCUAUAUCCAGCUGAUGGAUCUGAUUUUGAGGCACUUAACCAUGCCAUAGAGAGACUGACGUGUAAUGAUGCCAGUGUCUCUGUAACUAAAGAAAGCAGCACAGCUCUAGGUCUGGGUUUCAGAUGUGGUUUCUUGGGCUUACUUCACAUGGAUGUUUUUCAUCAGCGACUUGAGCAGGAACAUGGAGCACAUGUCAUUUCCACUGUUCCUACAGUGCCAUAUAUUUUUGAGUACUCAGAUGGAAGCAAAUUACAGGUUCAGAAUCCCGCUGCUUUGCCUUCAAACCCCAAAAAUAGACUCAUUGCCUGCUGGGAACCUACUGUGUUAGCUACUAUUAUAAUCCCUAGUGAGUAUGUGGGGUCUGUUAUCACUUUAUGCGCUGAGCGUCGCGGGGAGCAAUUGGAGUACUCAUUCAUUGAUAGCCAGCGAGCUUUCAUGAAGUAUCGCAUGCCUCUGAGGGAAAUUGUUGUGGACUUCUACAAUGAAUUGAAAAGUAUAACAUCAGGAUAUGCUUCGUUUGAUUAUGAGGAUUCAGAAUAUCAGGCUUCGGAUUUGGUGAAGCUGGAUAUUCUCCUUAAUGGCCAACCAGUUGAUGCCAUGGCAACCAUUGUCCACAAAUCAAAAGCUCCACGUGUUGGCCGCGAACUUGUGGAGAAGCUUAAAACGUUUAUAGACAGGCAGAUGUUUGAAAUUAUCAUACAAGCUGCUAUUGGAUCUAAGGUCAUAGCCCGGGAGACGCUUUCUGCUAUGAGAAAAAAUGUUCUGGCAAAGUGUUAUGGUGGUGAUGUUACAAGAAAGAGGAAGUUGUUGGAGAAACAGAAAGAAGGGAAGAAGCGAAUGAAGCGAGUGGGAUCCGUCGAUAUACCCCAAGAGGCAUUCCACGAGUUACUCAAGGUCUCAUGAAGACUAUCUUAAAUGCCUUCUAGAUUUCUAGAUACAAAAGGUAAAUGAAGGAAUUCCUCUAUUUCUUCCCAGUUAAUAAGUGUAUUUGUUUUGUCCCCUUUAGGGGCAGGUUCUUGAUAAUUGAAUAUUGAUAGAAGUUUUAGCAGACAGGGGAGACACUGAUGAGUAGAAAAUGGGAACACUAGACUGACAAGAAAGUUGUAUCACGGGAUUUAAACUCCUCGUCUAAUGAAAAAUUAGUUAGGAGUAGUAAUAAGUGUUAUUCAGUACCAUGUUAGCUCGGUUAACAUAACUGAUUUUUCCUUGCAUAAAGCGUAAGAUGUCGUCAUAUACGAUGAUGGAUACCCACACAGUUGAUGUUGUACAAUCACUAAGUUCCAUUGCACAAGCUACCUUUGUUAGACGAGUGGAUGAAGAUAAAGUUCAACGGGUAUGACUAUAAAACCCCAAUUUUA